UGACUUCCGGCGUGAUGGAGGUGGAGGAGGCGCAGGCUCAGACCUAUCCCUCAAUGGUGGAUCGCUACUUUCGUCGCUGGUAUAAGACAGAUGUUAAAGGGAAACCGUGUGAAGAUCAUUGUAUCUUACACCAUUCUAAUAGGAUAUGUGUCAUCACACUGGCAGAAUCUCACCCUCUGUUACAGAGUGGGAAAGAAAUAAAAAAUAUAAGCUACCAGAUCAGUGCCAAUUGUAGUCGACUACAAAACAAGGUUUCAGGAAAAUCUAAACGGGGUGGACAGUUUCUAACAGAACUUGCACCAUUGUGCAGAAUACUGUGUUCAGAUGGCGAGGAAUACACAAUAUACAGUUGUAUCAGAGGACGUUUACUGGAGGUAAAUGAAAAUAUUCUCCAGGAUCCUAGACUUCUACAAAGAAAGCCAUCAACCGAAGGAUACGUUGCUGUUGUAUUACCCAAAUUUGAAGAAAGCAAAAGUAUAACCCAAGGUUUAAUUAAUCAAGAACAGUAUCAAGAUAUUAUUUCAAGCAGACACAAGACAACCGCAGAAGUAGCGGGAAAUACUGACCUCCAAGAGUCUCAAUCCUAGCUCUCUUAGCAAUUGAGUAACAAGGUGUGGAGCUGGAUGAACAUGGCAGGCCAAGCAGCAUCAGAAGCAGGAAAGUUCUCUCCCUAUUUAUUUCCGAACCAUCUUCUCCCCAACCCCCCAACUUCUGAAGAAGGGUCUAGGCCCGAAACAACAGCUUUCCUGCUCCUCUGAUGCUGCUUGGCCUGCUGUGUUCAUCCAGCUGUACACCUUGUUAUCUCAUUCUCCAGCAUCUGCAGUUCCUACUAACUCUCUUAGCAACUGCAUUCCUUAAGUUAAGCUGUUUUUAUUUCAGAUGAAAAUUAAACCAGCAACAUGCUUUAAGUGUUUUAAAUGGAUGAUUUAUGUGAUAAACCAGUUGUUUUGGUCUUGAAUUACAUAGUUGAAAGUCAGUUUAUUUCUCAUUGAAAAUAGGUUUAAAGCAAUAUUUUUAAAAUUGUUUUGCGUACUUUUUCCUUGAAAUAUGUUUAAAGCUUUUUAAAAUUUUAAACCUUGCUUAGUGAGAAGGAUUUUUGUAUGAUGACAUUUAAAUUGAAAAUAAGUGCAAAAUGUUUUUCACAAAUUAACCUGAAACUUUUAUUACAUUUCAUUUAUUUUGAUA